CUGGGGACUCAGGGCAGGCCUCUGAGCCGCGGACGCCCGAGCCCGCCCUGGACCCGGGCUCCUGCUCUCCCCGUCCGCGACUCGGGGCUCACGAGUGUCUUUCACUUGCAGUCCGGGCGAGAUGGAACUGCGACCGUGUCAGAAAGCCGGCUGACCAAACCGUUAACACUCAGUCCAAGUGCAGCUUCGGGCCCGGGGCUGUCGCUGUUGAACGCGCGGAAUUUAGAGGGGGUGGAGGGAAGACCGAAACGAAGCCGCGAACACUCUCCUGCCGACCGCCGCGAGUGGCAGCCGCGGUCCAGACGGGCCCGGACAGUCUUUGAGGGAGCAGAGAGCGGAGUGCAGGCGAAAUGGCCCUGGUGCCCUAUGAGGAGACAGCGGGAGUGGGCUUGCAGAAAUUCCACAAGCCUCUAGCCACCUUCUCCUUUGCCAACCACACCAUCCAGAUCCGGCAGGACUGGAGACAGCUGGGAGUCGCAGCCGUGGUGUGGGACGCGGCUGUCGUUCUUUGCGCGUAUCUGGAGAUGGGAGCUGUGGAGCUCCGGGGCUGCUCUGCUGUGGAGCUGGGUGCCGGCACCGGGCUGGUGGGCAUAGUGGCGGCCCUGCUGGGUGAGUGCCAUACACUGGCCAUUCUAGGUGCUCAUGUGACUAUCACGGACCGAAAAGUAGCAUUAGAAUUUCUUAAGUCAAAUGUUCAAGCCAACUUACCUCCCCAUAUCCAACCCAAAGCUGUUGUUAAGGAGCUGACCUGGGGACAAAAUUUGGGGAGUUAUUCACCUGGAGAAUUUGACCUGAUACUUGGAGCUGAUAUCAUAUAUUUAGAAGAAACAUUCGCAGAUCUUCUUCAGACUUUGGAACAUCUCAGUAGCAAGCGCUCUGUGGUUCUUUUAGCUUGCCGAAUUCGCUAUGAACGGGACAACAACUUCUUAGCGAUGUUGGAGAGGCAAUUUACUGUGAGUAAGGUUCACUAUGAUCCUGAAAAAGAUGUACAUAUAUACAAAGCACAGAAGAGAAACCAGAGGGAGGACUUAUAGUUGGCUUUAAUUUAUAAGAAUGUUGUUAUUGAGUGCCAGUGAGGGUCUUUGACUGGGAAUUGAACCAUAUUUAAUGAAAUGGAUUACUGAACGGAAAGUCUAACCAAAGGUUCUCAAGGGCCAAAGCACACGGUUAAAACAAAGGAGCAUUUUGUUCCAUUGCUAUGACAUUUCGGUCCUAUUUGACUCUGAAAAAUUCAACUACCAUUAAAGGAAUAUAUGAGAUA